AUGGAGUGCUCAGAACGAAGCGAAUCAGCCUGCUCCUUUAAAUAUCUCCUCGCGACUGCUUUCGUUUCAGCGGCCGCGGAUCGCCCCCACAUGGAAAUCCUUUUGCCCGCUAAUUCAGUUGUGGAGAGCUCCGACCCCCGAUGCAACACUAACCUCAGUCUGGCUGUACAAAGUGACAGCUCGAUGACUCAAAUCAGUGCUUGUCCUCAUCCCGCCCGGGGCUAA